UGAAAUUUCAACUUCAAAGAGAGAGAGAGAGAGAGAGAGAGAGAGAGAGAGAGAGAGGUGGAUCUGGAUCUUCUCUCAAGAAGAAGACGAAGAAGAAGAAGCAGCCAUGGCGAGAGGACCUCUCGCUUUUCAGCUAUGGAUCUCUCUGUGCUUUUCGCUCAUUCUUCAUGCUCGAUGCUUCUACCUCCCUGGUGUUGCGCCUCAGGAUUUUCAACACGGAGAUCCUUUGAAUGUGAAGGUGAACAAACUAACCUCUACAAAGACUCAACUUCCUUAUUCAUUCUAUUCCCUCCCAUACUGUCGUCCAGAGCAUAUAAUUGACAGCGCAGAGAAUCUUGGGGAGGUUCUUCGUGGUGAUCGCAUUGAAAACUCUCCUUAUGAGUUCAAAAUGCGAGAGCCACAGAUGUGCAGUGUUGCAUGUCGUAUCAUGCUUAAUGCAAAGACUGCAAAGGAAUUCAAAGAAAAGAUAGAUGAUGAGUAUCGGGUGAACAUGAUUCUGGAUAAUCUACCUCUGGUUGUUCCUAUACCAAGGCCUGAUCAGGAAAAUUCCUUGGUGUAUCAAUAUGGCUUUCAUGUUGGUCUCAGAGGACAAUAUGCUGGGAACAAGGAUAGAAAGCAUUUUAUUAACAAUCACCUGACUUUUGUGGUCAAGUAUCACAAAGAUCCAAUGACAGAAUCUGCCAGGAUUGUUGGUUUUGAGGUCAAACCUUUCAGUGUUCGGCAUGAAUAUGAAGGUGAGUGGAAUGGGAAAACACGCUUAACAACCUGUGAUCCCCAUGCAAAGCGCAUGGUUACUAGCUCGGAAUCCCCUCAAGAGGUUGAAGAUAAAAAGGAAAUUACAUUCACAUAUGAUGUUGAGUUUCAGGAGAGUGACGUGAAGUGGGCAUCUCGCUGGGACACGUAUCUUCUGAUGGCUGAUGAUCAGAUCCACUGGUUCUCAAUUGUUAAUUCUUUAAUGAUUGUUCUUUUCUUAUCGGGCAUGGUGGCUAUGAUCAUGUUGCGGACACUUUACCGGGAUAUCUCCAAGUACAACCAACUAGAGACCCAAGAAGAAGCCCAAGAAGAGACAGGAUGGAAACUGGUCCAUGGUGACGUGUUCAGACCUCCAGUAAACUCAGAUCUACUGUGUGUGUAUGUUGGCACAGGUGUUCAGUUCCUUGGGAUGAUUCUUGUCACUAUGCUAUUUGCUGUCCUUGGGUUCCUCUCUCCUUCAAAUCGUGGUGGGCUGAUGACGGCCAUGCUCCUCCUUUGGGUCUUUAUGGGUCUUUUUGGUGGAUAUGCUACAGUCCGUCUCUACAAGUUGUUUAAGGGAACAGAAUGGAAGAAAAUCACUCUCAAAACAGCCUUCAUGUUCCCUGCAAUAGUCUUUUCCAUUUUUUUCGUCUUGAAUGCUCUUAUCUGGGGUGAGAAGUCGUCUGGGGCAGUGCCGUUUGGAACCAUGUUUGCUCUGGUAUUUUUAUGGUUUGGCAUUUCAGUUCCACUUAUAUUUGUUGGUGCCUAUGUGGGAUUUAGGAAGCCAGUGAUUGAGGAUCCUGUGAAAACCAACAAGAUCCCUAGGCAAGUGCCAGAACAGGCCUGGUACAUGAAUCCAGUUUUCUCUAUCCUGAUUGGAGGCAUACUGCCAUUUGGCGCCGUCUUUAUUGAGCUGUUUUUCAUCCUCACUUCAAUAUGGUUGCAUCAGUUUUAUUACAUAUUUGGAUUCCUAUUCAUCAUCUUCAUUAUCCUCAUCAUCACUUGUGCGGAGAUCACCAUUGUUCUAUGCUACUUCCAGCUGUGCAGUGAGGACUACUAUUGGUGGUGGAGGUCGUAUCUGACUUCAGGCUCAUCAGCACUGUAUCUUUUCCUAUAUGCUGCCUUUUACUUCUUCACUAAGCUUGACAUUCAGAAGCCAGUGUCCGGAGCCUUGUACUUCGGAUAUAUGCUCAUUGCUUCAUACUCUUUCUUUGUGCUGACCGGUACAAUAGGGUUCUAUGCAUGCUUCUGGUUUACUAGGCUCAUAUAUUCAUCUGUGAAGAUCGACUGAUAAAUAUACCUGACACAAAGGAAUUGGUUCAUUUGUUUCUACACGAGGAAGCAGACUUCACUUCAAUGGCAUUUCUAGAAAGCCCUUGAUGAGAUACCAAUCGAGUCAUAGAAAUUCAUAUUAUUAGCCUCUCUAUAUACAUACAGGUUCUUUACCAGUCAUAGAAAUUCAUAUUAUUAGCCUCUCUAUAUACAUACAGGUUCUUUACCAGUUCUAGUUCGUUUUUCUUUUCUUAUUCGUGUCAUUUUCUUUUUUCACGAGAGCACACAUGGUGCAAAUUGUUAAAGCAGAUUCUGUUGUUGAGGCUCAAAUGCCUGUUUUAGAAAUGAAAAUGGAUUCCUGUAUCUA